GAUGCAACACGACCAUGAAAAGUGACACGAAGGGGACACAAUGAGGAUCAUUUAACAGUUUUCUGGCUCCUCGGACGCCUUUAAGAGGCUUGGACUCUUGUCAGUAUUGUAAUUGUUUAACGAACAAUUCGGGAAAAGUGUACAGAAGUCGUGGGGAAUUCACGCUGAUGCGUUUUUCGGGUUGACUCGGUCGGUGACAGGAUAUCCCCCUCGCCCGGUCUAUCGUAUUUUUUUUUCGUCUAUACACACACACAGCCUCCGCACAACCCCGCAGAAAGGUGUACACAAGUGAUGAACCACAAAAGUGAUUCGCGAAUUCUCGGAAUGGAUUGGAGAAAUCCGGACGAGGAUUAUGGGGAAAUUUAAGCUUAAAUCGGGUGGAUUGAGGUGAAGAAGGAGUUUAGACGAUUGAAACAAUGCAGUGCUCUGAGAAAUUUUAGGUGAAAGUGGUGGUGUAAAAAAGGAUAGGUUUCGUACUAUAUUGGAUUACCAAAAGUGGCAAGACUGGAUAUUCAGGAUUUGAGGGGAGAAUUGUCAUUUUUUACUUGUAAUUAAUUUUGUUUGGGGAACGAGGGAGAUGGGCGUACAUCAACGAUGUCCCUCAAGCUUCCGAGAAUCAUUUAAAAUGCAGUAGUUAGUGGCCUUCGUGCAUUUCGAGUCCUCGAGCGGAUGGAAAAUGUCAGUCACAUAAAAGUCGCACCGAUUUCAAAACACUAGAUUUCCUCAUCAUCGCAAUCGAAAAAUGGCGGAGGAAGAGGGCACCGAGUGGCUCCUGGAGCUCCUCCACGACGUUCAGCUCUCGCAAUUCUUCACGAGAAUCCGCGAUGACCUCCAGGUGACUCGUCUCCACCAUUUCGACUACGUCCAACCGGAGGACCUCGAGAAAAUCGGCCUGGGGAAGCCGGGGAUCCGAAGACUCAUGGACGCCAUGAAGAAGAAGAGAGCCUCCCAGAAGAAGAAGAACCUCAUCACGAAAAUCCGUCCAGGGGGGAGUGCCAAGAGCACUAAACGUACCUCCCAGCCUCUGGAGGCACCAGUGUCAAUUCUCACCUGCUUAAUCCAAGACAAAGACGUGACAUUAUCAAUUAAAUUGGGGGACGGUAGUUUUGGGGUCGUCAGGAGAGGGGAAUGGAACUCCCCAACAGGUAGAACCCUUCCAGUAGCUGUCAAAGUCCUGAAGGCAGACGCCCUGACCCAACCCUCGGUGAUAGAGGAUUUUGUCUCUGAGGUGCAGGCCAUGCACACACUGGACCAUCACAACUUGAUUCGUCUUUAUGGGGUUGUCCUCUCCUCCCCGAUGAUGAUGGUGACAGAGCUGGCACCUCUGGGCGCUCUCCUGGAUUACCUGCGAAAGCAGUGUGGCCACAUUUCAGUCUUAACUCUCUGCGACUACUCCCUGCAGGUCGCCACAGGGAUGGCCUAUUUGGAGUCCAAAAGAUUCCUCCACAGAGACCUGGCCUGCAGGAACGUCCUCCUGUCGUCAGUCGACAAGAUUAAAAUUGGGGAUUUUGGACUGAUGAGGGCACUCCCCCAGCAGGAGGAUUGCUACGUAAUGACUGAGCACAAGAAGGUCCCUUUUCCCUGGUGUGCCCCAGAGUCUUUGAAAUCCAGACAGUUUUCACAUGCAUCUGACGUGUGGAUGUUUGGGGUGACUCUCUGGGAGAUGUUGACCUUCGGAGAGGAGCCCUGGGUGGGCCUCAAUGGCUCGGAAAUCCUCAGGAAAAUCGACAGGGAGGGGGAGAGACUUUACGAACCUGAGGCCAGCCCUCCAGCAAUGUUCCAGAUGAUGCUCAAGUGCUGGGCGAAAAACCCAGCUGACAGACCCACAUUCGCAGCUUUGAAGGAAUCCCUGACGUCGAUGGUACCCAGUGUGAUGAAGGCAUUGAACAAAUUCGAAGAGCCUGACAAAAUGACCAUUGAAAAUGGCGAUCAGAUCGUGAUUAUCGAUGGGAGGCCUGAGAACUACUGGUGGAAGGGGCAGAAUCAGAGGACUUUUCAGGUUGGACAUUUCCCCAGGUGUCUCGUGGAUCCCAUGAGGAGAAAGCAGCCUGAAGACAUCAGCAAACCUCUGGAGAAUUCCUUCAUUCACACUGGGCAUGGGGCUCCUUUUGGGAAGAGCUGGGGCAGUCCUCAGUUCAUCGACGACGUUUACCUCAGGAAUCCGAUGGAGCCACCCGAUGUAGUGGGCGUCACUCCAGCUGACAAGAGAAAAUUCCCUGGGCAAAAGUCGAAGAAUCAGUUUAACUACAGGAAAUUCCAGAACGACUUGAGAUCUAGUCCGAUUAAAACGAGCAAUGUGCAGAAUCACGAGGGGAGUCUGAUAGAUUUAUCCCCCGAGGAGAUGGCCAAUGCUGCCAAGCCCGAUGCCACCUGCAAGAGGGUCGUCAACAUAUUGGACGAGCCGAUUGAGGCCUCUGGGGGGAGACCCGAGCAACUUUGGCCAGAGGACGAAGCCAGGACUUACGCCAAUUUCCCAGGGAAUCAAGCGCAGAGUGAUCCUUUCGACACCUCCAGGGUCUUCCUUGGAGGUCCCGUCUCUCGAUAUUACUCUCACGUACCUCAGGACCACAUGAAUCAUUAUCUGAAGACUCAGCAGUCUUACAUGAACGUUGAGACUAGUGAGGUCUCUGCAAACGUCCAAGGAAACUCAGAUGUCAAUAGUACAAAUUUGGAUGUUAAUCAAUACUCUUUCGACCUCAACAAGGAUAUCAGAUCGGAGAAUACGAAUUUGAAUGUCAGUGGGAGGGCAGAGGGAAAUGGAUACUCUGUUCAGCACUACAGUGAGGUUGAUAAAGUGUCUCCAGGUGUCGCGAGUCAGAUAAGUUGGCCUGAGGAUUUGCCAGAGGAGCCCCAGACCUACACCAAUGUCACUGCCAGACCCAAUUUCCCAGUUGUUCCACCGCCACCACCGCCCAUCGGUCCCAACGAGAGUCCGCCCAAACCUAAAUCCAAUGUGGAUAUUGCUCAAAGUAUGGGGGAACUCACGAUCGAUGUGAAACCCCAGGGUUCUCCGAAGAAAUUGGAUCCUGCUUUCCUGGCUGAGUUGGAGAAGCACCUGGGGGCGAAAGAGGUCUGCAAAAAUACGAAUGAAGCCCCUGGAGGCUACUCCACAGUCAAUAAAGCCCAGGAGGGGGCUUCCGGGGGGAUUCCCAUGCUCAGACCUCCACCCCAGAACUCCAAAUCAAGAUCUCCUAAUGGGGAAUUGAGGGGUUCAACAAGUCUGCCCUCCAAAGUUCAAAAUUCGUGGCAGAGUAAAAACACGAAUGUUCAGCGACCCCAGAGUCAAUUAAUCCAGUCGAGUUCACAGAGUCAAAUGGUGGAGACCAGUACCGACAUGAUAAUCGGGCAAAUGUGGCAGCAGGCGCACUCCCCUUUGUCUCACAGCCUCCAGAGUGAGAGGAAACAUCAGCCUAUUUACGCUCCUUCUUCCGAAAUUCAGCAUGACAUGAGGAAUCACCAGAAUCUCCCGCCACUUGCUCCUCUCACCGUACCUCAGAACGACCAGGGACAUCUCCUCCUCCAAAUAGCCCCAAACAUGACAACCAAUACUGCAAAUUCAGGGAAUUACAAUUAUUUCCCACCUCAGCAACCAAACUACAAUUUUCCCCCAGCCAUUCAGGCUCCAAAUCCAGGUCCUGGGGUCAAUCACGUGCAGAAUGACCUCGUGCCGACUAGAGCCGCCCCUCCAAGGCCAAAUGUUUCUGCUGCAGGGACUCUGUCUGAAAAAGUUUACGCAGAACUCCGAGAAAAUGUGCCAAAUCUCGAUCAGUUGAGUCAGAGUGAGUUCAAUACUCUCUACAACAAAACAGUUCAACAGAAUAUCCUCAGGAACAGUCAGGGGAUGUCCAACGGCAGACAGGCCCAGACUCUCCCUCGGAAUUAUGCCCAGGAGCAUCCCUUUGACUUUAGCCCCAGCUUGAAACAGCCCCCAGUGUACAAUCCUCCACCAGCGUGGAGUCCAAUGAAGAGUGGGCAGAAUGGUUACUCGCAGAAUCAGAAUCUCCAGAGGAGCAUUAGCUCACCGGGACAGAGCGGAAGUGCCAAUCUGAUGCAUUUCACACCGACGAGACCAGCACCUGGGCCUUCCGGUGGGCACUCGGGUGGGGCUGGCAGAUGUUUGCUGCCUCAGAUGAAUGAGACGGUUAUUAAUACUCAAUUGGGAACGUGUGCCGCUGCUUAUCCCGGGGGGAUAAGUCCUCCUCUUACGGGAGCUUCACAACAGCUGGUCAUGUCGUUGAAUGACGAGUUCAGGGCUAGUAAAAUUAUGAAAGUACAAAAGGAUGCGGGGGAUGCCUCGCAGCAGGAAAUUCUCGCUGCGCUGCAGGCCACUGGCUGGGACACUAGCCAAGCUGCUAGGCAAAUUAUCAAGGAUAGACAGGCCAAAAUUGAUAGUCUCACCAGAUUGGGACUGGCUAAUAGACACCAGUGCGAAGGAGCUCUGAAACAAACCGAGUACGACGUAGAGCUAGCUGCCUCCCUCCUCCUCGACAGGGCAAGAUAAGAACAAAUAACUAAAUAUUGACUAUUAUGAUUCAAGAAUAUCAUAGGCCAAUUAAUGAUAGACUACGAAUAAUCAAACUGAUCAUGACGAUUGGAAACUGUUAAUUUAAAUCAGAUACACUGUGAUAUGUGCUACUAAAGGCUCUAGAUUUUACGUGUCCAGGAUUACUAGUUUUAGAGGAUUCGGUGGAACUUCCGGUUUGCGGUCAGUCGUUCAUAAGUCGUAUUCUGAGAGAUUAGAUGAUGGAAAUGAAACAAAAAUUAUAAAAGUGAUUCAAAUAUUUUUAUAAAGAGGUGUUGCGGAUUAGUUGAACAAAUGCUCUUUCUGUGGAUCAAAAACUCUUUUUGAUUUUUUUUUUACAACAAAGCUGAGAUUCUCUUGGGCAAAUUAAAUUGUUCCCCUCAAUCGUCAGAACAACGAAUUGUUAAUUCGUGUUCCCUCGAGUAAUACUAACUGUUCGCUUAAGCGUUAUUUUUUCUCCUAGCUUAAUAGCCCGUUUUAUAUAUUUAUUUUUACGUUUAUUUGGCAGGCGUUAAAUACAAGAGAAAAAUGCACAGGUAACGUAACAAGAUCUUUUUGAUUUAUUUUCUCAUGUAUUCUAAAAGUAUUUUCAUAUUGUUUCAUUUACUUUUGUGACCAAAAAAUCGUGCAUAAUAACUCCAACACUCGUCUCCAAUAAUUUUUAAAUUUCAAUUAUUGGAAUUUUUACUUUAUAAUUUUAAGGUAACGUUAAAUGACAUUGUGAUCUGCAUGUUAAUGAGUGUUGCGGCAUGGAAAUAGAUAUUACGGAAGUAAAACUGAUUGGUGCUUCCAAAAUACUCA